AUGAUGCGUCGCCUCGUCCGGGCGGCGCUGGCGGCGUGCGCUACGCGCGGCGCCUCGGGCGUCGACCCGCGGCGCGCCGUGUUCCUCCACGUGAAUCAAUGCGGCGGCGGGAGCUUCAUGGCUUGGAUGACGCGCUACAGCAAGUGGUGCCAUGAGGCCGACGGGCGUUUCUGCGGCGUGCUCGAGCAUGUCUGCACGCUCCAGAGCUUCGAGGACGGCGAGCGCGAGGAUGGUCCGAAGCACGGUGUGGAUCCGACGGCGUGCGGCGACCGGAUCCGCGAUCUCGCCGCGAGGAACUGCUCGUUCGUCGAACUGCACCACUACGACGCGCGCGUCGCGGCGGCCUUCGAGCGGCUCGGGUACGCGGCGCUCACCGUGGUGCGCGAGCCCGUGGCCCUCGCCGAGUCCCGCACGAAUAAGCUCGCGACGCGCGGCAAGGCCUUGGCGGCGGGCGACGGCGCGCCGUUCGCGUGCUCGGGCCCGGACUGCGCGGCGCCCGCCGCGGGCGGCGCCACCUGGGACGACGUCGCGUGGACCCACGGGACGCCCCUGCUCCCGGCGCGCUUCCUGAGCCUCUGCGACGGCGACGUGCUCGCGCGGUGCGCCUUCGCGGGCGACGCGGAUUUCGGCGCGCUCGCGAACGCGUCGCAAUUCUGGCCCGCCGAGACGCCCCGCGCGGGGGGGCGCGACGACGCCGCCUGCCGCCGGCCCGAGGUCCGGUCCGCCGCCCUGGAGCGCCUGCGGGAUUUCGCCGUCGUCGGCACGACGGAGCGCCUCGCGGACACCGCGCUCGCGUUCGCGCUCCGCUUCGGCCUCGACGUCGACGGCCUCGCCCGCGCCGUCGAGGGCGCCUCGCGCCGCAACCCCUCGGUCCACUACUUCCGCCUCUCCGAGGCCACGCGCCGCGCGUUCGCGAACACCGCGCGCGUCGACGCCGCGCUCCACGACGCGGCCGCGGCGAAGCUCGACGCGUUGCUCGAGCGGCGCCGCGCGCGCGGGGCGGAGGCCUUCGACGACCGGCGCCGCCGCUUCUUCGCCGACGCGGCGCUCCCGCCGCCGCCGCCGCUCGCGCCGCCGCGCGCGCGGCGCCGGUGA